CUGUUUCUGUUCAGAGGAAGUGAAUCUGUUCUUCAGUCUCUGGCAGCAGCUGAAAUGGCGCAGCAAGAAAAUCAACUGAACAGAGAAAGAUUCUCCUGUUCGAUCUGUCUGGAUCUACUGAAGGAUCCGGUGACUACUGUCUGUGGACACAGCUUCUGUAAGAGCUGUAUUAACAACCACUGGGACAAAGGGGAGGAGAGAGGAAGCUACAGCUGUCCUCAGUGUAGACAGUUCUUCACACCGAGACCUGUCCUGGAGAAAAACACCAUGUUAGCUGAUUCACUGGAGGAGCUGAAGAAGACUGGACUCCAAGCUGCUCCUGCUGAUCACUGCUAUGCUGGACCUGAAGAUGUGGCCUGUGAUGUCUGCACUGGGAGAAAAUUGAAAGCUCUCAAGUCCUGUUUGAAUUGUUUGGCCUCUUAUUGUGAAAAACACCUUCAGCCUCAUCUUCAGUCCCCUCCAUUGAAGAAGCACAAGCUGGUGGAGCCCUUGGAGAAGCUCCAGGAGAACAUCUGCUCUCGUCACGACGAGGUGAUGAAGAUGUUCUGCCGCACUGAUCAGCAGUGUAUCUGUUAUCUCUGCUCUGUGGAUGAACAUAAAGACCACGACACAGUGUCAGCUGCAGCAGAAAGGACUGAGAGGCAGAGAGAGCUCGGGCUGAGGAGACAAACCAUCCAGCAGAGAGUCCAGGACACAGAGAAAGACGUGAAGCUGCUUCAACAGGAGGAGGAGGCCCUCAAUGGCUCUGCUGAUAAAGCAGUGGAGGACAGUGAGGAGAUCUUCACUGAGAUGAUCCGUCUGCUGGAGAAAAGAAGCUCUGAUGUGAAGCAGCAGAUCAGAUCCCAGCAGGAAACUGAAGUGAGUCGAGUCAGAGAGCUUCAGGAGAGACUGGAGCAGGAGAUCACUGAGCUGAAGAGGAAAGACCAGGAACUGAAGCAGCUCUCAGACACAGAGGACCACAACCAGUUUCUACACAACUACCCCUCACUGUCACCACUCAGGGGAUCUACACACUCAUCCAGCAUCAGGAUCCGUCCUCUGAGGGACUUUGAGGACGUGACAGCAGCUGUGUCCCAGGUCAGAGGUCGACUACAGGACAUUCUGAGUGAGACAGAGACUGAGAUUUUACAGAUUGUGUCUCAAGUGGAUGUUUUACUGCCACAACCAGAGCCAGAGACCAGAGCUGACUUCUUAAGAUAUUCACAGAAAAUCACACUGGAUCCAAACACAGUAAACAAACGUCUGUUAUUAUCUGAGGGAAACAGAAAAGUAACAUUAAUGAGUGAAGAUCAGUCUCAUUCUGAUCACCCAGACAGAUUCACUGAUUGGCCUCAGGUCCUGAGUAGAGAGAGUCUGACUGGACGUUGUUACUGGGAGGUGGAGGUGAAGGUGGGGGGAGGGGGAGUUGGUGUAGCAGUCACAUACAAGAAUAUCAGAAGAGCAGGAGGCUCACCUGAAUGUGUAUUUGGAUUCAAUGAUAAAUCUUGGUCAUUAAAUUGUAAUGUAAACAGAUAUAACUUUCAUUACAACAGCAUCGUGACUCCAGUGUCAAGUCCUGAGUCCUCCAGAGUAGGAGUGUACCUGGAUCACAGUGCAGGUGUUCUGUCCUUCUACAGCGUCUCUGACACCAUGACUCUCCUCCACAGAGUCCAGACCACAUUCACUCAGCCUCUCUGUGCUGGAGUUAGGGUUUAUCGUUAUGGAUCCACAGUUGAGUUCUGUAAACUCAAAUCUCUGGCAGCAGCUGAAAUGGCGCAGCAGGAAAUACUCUCCUGUUCGAUCUGUCUGGAUCUACUGAAGGAUCCAGUGACUACUGUCUGUGGACACAGCUUCUGUAAGAGCUGUAUUAACACCCACUGGGACAAAGGGGAGGAGAGAGGAAGCUACAGCUGUCCUCAGUGUAGACAGACCUUCACACCGAGGCCUGUCCUGGAGAAAAACACCAUGUUAGCUGAUUUAGUGGAGGAGCUGAAGAAGACUGGACUCCAAGCUGCUCCUGCUGAUCACUGCUAUGCUGGACCUGAAGAUGUGGCCUGUGAUGUCUGCACUGGGAGAAAACUGAAAGCUCUCAAGUCCUGUUUGAAUUGUUUGGCCUCUUAUUGUGAAAAUCACCUCCAGCUUCAUUUUCAGUCAGCUCCACUGAAGAAGCACAAGCUGGUGGAGCCCUCGAAGAAGCUCCAGGAGAACAUCUGCUCUCGUCACGACGAGGUGAUGAAGAUGUUCUGCCGCACUGAUCAGCAGUGUAUCUGUUAUCUCUGCUCUGUGGAUGAACAUAAAGACCACGACACAGUGUCAGCUGCAGCAGAAAGGACUGAGAGGCAGAGAGAGCUCGGGCUGAGGAGACAAACCAUCCAGCAGAGAGUCCAGGACAAAGAGAAAGACCUGAAGCUGCUUCAACAGGAGGAGGAGGCCCUCAAUGGCUCUGCUGAUAAAGCAGUGGAGGACAGUGAGGAGAUCUUCACUGAGAUGAUCCGUCUGCUGGAGAAAAGAAGCUCUGAUGUGAAGCAGCAGAUCAGAUCCCAGCAGGAAACUGAAGUGAGUCGAGUCAGAGAGCUUCAGGAGAGACUGGAGCAGGAGAUCACUGAGCUGAAGAGGAAAGACCAUGAACUGAAGCAGCUCUCAGACACAGAGGAUCACAACCAGUUUCUACACAACUACCCCUCACUGUCACCACUCAGUGGAUCUACACACUCAUCCAGCUUCAGGAUCCGUCCUCUGAGGGACUUUGAGGACGUGACAGCAGCUGUGUCCCAGGUCAGAGGUCGACUACAGGACAUUCUGAGUGAGACAGAGACAGAGGUUUUACAGAUUGUGUCUCAAGUGGAUGUUUUACUGCCACAACCAGAACCAAAGACCAGAGCUGAGUUCUUAAGAUAUUCACAGGAAAUCACACUGGAUCCAAACACAGUACACAAACGUCUGUUAUUAUCUGAGGGAAACAGAAAAGUUACAUAUAUGAGUGAAGAUCAGUCUUAUUCUGAUCACCCAGACAGAUUCACUGUUUGGCCUCAGGUCCUGAGUAGAGAGAGUCUGACUGGGCGUUGUUACUGGGAGGUGGAGGUGAAGGUGGGGGGAGCAGUUGAUGUAGCAGUCACAUACAAGAAUAUCAGCAGAGCAGGAAACUCACGUGAAUGUCGAUUUGGAUUCAAUGAUAAAUCUUGGUCAUUACGUUGUUAUGGAAACAGAUAUUACUUUCAUUACAACAGCAUCCAGACUCCAGUGUCAGGUCCUGAGUCCUCCAGAGUAGGAGUGUACCUGGAUCACAGUGCAGGUGUUCUGUCCUUCUACAGAGUCUCUGACACCAUGACUCUCCUCCACAGAGUCCAGACCACAUUCACUCAGCCUCUCUAUGCUGGAGUUUGGGUUUAUCAAGGAACCACAGCUGAGUUGUGUAAACUCAAAUAGACUCGAGUCAUUAAAGCAGUGAUUUAGAUUCUGUGUUUAAAUCUUUAACUUCUCUUGUCUCCAUGUUUGUUGAUCAAAGUUCGUCAUGGUGACGUUUCUGCUCCGCACAGAGAUCAGCUGUCAAUCAAACACUGACCUUCCUUUAUCACACAUAUUUAGUUCUCACUUUGUAAAGACAGAAAUCUAUAAUUACACUGACAUGAAUGUGUUUGAAAGAACUGAUGUUGCUGUUGUUUUCUAAAUCAAUGUAGAAAUCAGGUUGUGUGAUGUUUUAGAAUCUGUGUUGAUCCUGAUGAGUGUUGCUAAGGGGCGGAACAUUUCUGGAACUUUUCUUGAAACUUUGCUCGGGAUGUUAAGCUCAGGAAUUCUGGAAAUGUUAACACUUUUUUUGCAGAAGUUAAUCAAUAACAGGAAACUUACAGGAAGUUGAAAACCAGAGGAGGAGAGUCGAGCUCAGCUGGAGCCUGGAUGCAGCUGGUUGUGAACAUUGUCUGCGUGAAAAGUAAACCUGUGAUUUUGUGUUGUUGUUGAACGUCUUUGUCGUUACCUAGCAUGUUGAUUACUUGUAACACUGAAGCCACGUUCAUGUUAAUGCCAAAUUCAUCUGUAUACAGUAGGGUAACUUUUUACAUCUGUGAGAGUACGAUGUAUGUACAGUUGCAAUCAAAAAUGUUCAACCCCCCCCCCCCCAAAGAUUUUAAGGAUUUAUCGAUUAAAGUUUUUUCAAAGAUCAA